GUAAAUUGUUUUGUCACAGCUGUUUGACAAAACGUAAAUAAAUAUUUUAAUGAGAUUUACAAAUAUGCAACAGUGAGAAAAUUAAUGAAAAGUAUAUCCGAUGUAAAUACAAUUUUGUUUAAAAUGAAGAUUCUUUGUGAGACAGUUGUGCAAGAUCGGGUAACGCAACGUAAUCGUUCACCUCGCUAUGUUAAAUCCACUCUGGCAGUUGGAUAUAAUAAUUCCGCCAAGGAUGUAGAUGGAAACAAUACCAGACUCCUAGAAAUAAUGCAUUUUACACCACAGAACCAAGCGGGAGAACGAUUCAAAGUCACUAAUAACAUUGAUAAAAUAUUCUCCAAGUUUUUGCGGGACGGCAAAGUUACUAUUGGUUUCAAAGAACCAGCGAUAAAUCUCAUGAUCAACUGCGAUCCCAUACCGUUGAAGGGUUUCCUACAAACUAUAAAGCUUGGUUUGGAGGGAAAGGAUUCAAUCAACUUAAGACUGAAUAUAGCAGCUGCGUCUGCUAUACCACAACGCUCUAAACCACAAGAGAAAUUGACGGUUUUGCGUCGUGGUGAUUAUCCAGUCAAAGGGUUUCCACGCACACUGAAAUCAUUAAAAAUUUCAAACAUACAAUUACUGAAAAUAACAUUUGAUAUUUGCUCCCUACGUAAUUUGACUACGCUCGAUUUAAGUGAUAAUCAAAUUUCUAAAGUGCCACGUGAGAUGGGUCGCUUACCACUUGUGUCUUUCACUAUUAACAACAACCAAUUGGGUACAAUUAACAAUUGGGAAUGGUUGCGCGGCAAAGAAAUACGUAAAUCUCUGCGUGAAUUGGAUUUAUCUGCCAACGAAUUAAACCACUUUCCACUUGACAUAAUACGUCUUGAGCAGCUGGUUGGACUUAAAUUAAGUGAUAAUAAAAUUAAACGAUUACCGUUUGGCUUCCGACGUCUUCGUAACUUACGCAACUUAAACAUAGCUUCUAAUUUGCUUACUUCACUGCCAUCCGAUUUCAAUCAAAUGCGUAUUGUUGUGCUGGAUCUGUGGGGAAAUAAAUUUGGCAUGAAAAUGGAGCAUAAUAUAAGUGAAGCAGGCACGAAUAAACUCAAUUCUUCGCCACUGUGGCUUUUAGCGGCACGUGCUGUUUGCCAAAAUAAAUUGCCUUAUUCAGCGGGCACAAUACCUUGGAUGCUGAUCGACAUUUUGGCUGAAUCGCCGCUUUGCGCUUGUGGAAAACUAUGCUUUGACACUACCAUUUAUGAACGAGCUGUGAUGGCUACGCUAGAUAACGUAAAGACAUUAGUUAGCAGUAGAGAACACUUAAUUUAUGCUGAUAUAGUACUGUGUGGGAUGAGUUGCGGAGGGCGAAAACAAAUGAUUUUUUAUGAGCAACCUUAACAGAGAACAGAGAAGGAUAGUAUUUAAAUUUCAUUAAAGCUGUUUAUGUAUACUUUUCGCUUCAUUCAAUUGCAGCAUUUACAUUACAAUUUCUAAUUUAUUUGAAAAAUAUUAUUUUUAUUUUCAAAAAUAAUAAAAAUUCAGUUACAAUUCAGAUGUA